AUGGCGCCAAAAACACCAUUCGAGCACUUCGAAGAAAUAGCACUCCGCUAUGAAACGACCAUGGGUGGUCUCAGCCGGGAGCUGUCUCGACACAUCAUCCGCGGUCCAGCAGCCUCCAUCAGCACCGAUUCAGUCGUGCUAGACAACGCCUGUGGCCCUGCCAUCGUAACAGAAGAGAUCCUCUUCGCCUUGCCCGUCUCCAAACCCCCUCCAACCAUCCACGCCGUCGACAUCAGCCCCGCCAUGAUUGGCGCCGCGCGCUCCAAAGCUGCCCUCGCCGCUCAUGCAGACCGCAUCCACCUCGCCGUCAUGCCGGCUGAGAAACUCACCUUCCCCGACGCGACUUUCUCCCACUCGAUCACCAACCUAGGCAUCUUCUUCUUCGCCGACGCCGCGCAGGGCGCGCGCGAAAUCUUCCGCACCCUCAAGCCGGGGGGCGUUGCCUUCCUAACCGUCUUCGCAGCUUUUCCGCAUCUGGAGCUCGUGCGCCGCGCGCAGGCUGCGGUAAGGCCCGACGAGCCGCCAUUUUUGAUUCCCGUCGACCCGGCAUGGUUUGAGACUGCGCAUAUCGAGGGCUUGCUGCGUAGCGCGGGCUUCGAGGAUGUAGUGAUUGGAGACACAGUGGGGCAUUACGGCGCACCAAAUGCGGAUGGGGUGGCAGAUAGGCUGUUAUCGCUCUUUGGGGCAGUUUUUGAGACGUGGAGUGCCGAGGAGAAAGUGGCCUUUGGGAGGGAGUUGAGGAAGAUAGUCCCGGGGGCGUUGGAGACUUUCCAGAGGGGGGUAGGAAUCACAGGUGAAGUUGAAGAGGUGGGGAUACCUAUGGGGACUUAUGUGGUAACCGCCAGGAAGUAA